AGUGUGUUGUAGCGAGAGGUAUCUGCAAGAGAGAGAGAGAGCUAGAGUGAAACCACACGAAACCUCUGCGGAUUACUACUAACAUCGACAUAUUCAGUGGAAUUAUACCUAUUAUUUGGUGGAAUUUCCAGUUGUGGAUUAUAAACACUUUACGGAUAAACAUGACUCUGGAGGAAGUUGUUGGAUGCAACAGCACUGAGAGAAAAAUGGAAACUGUGAGCGAGGCUCUGGAGGAGCUGCUGAUGGCUGCACAACGACAAAACUGCCUGACAGUUGGAGUCUACGAGUCUGCACAGCUCAUGAAUGUGGAUCCAGACAGCGUGGUGCUGUGCGUUCUGGCGACCGACGAGGAGGACGAGAAUGAUGUUGCGCUUCAGAUCCACUUCACGCUCAUCCAAGCCUUCUGCUGCGACAUCGACAUCAACAUUGUGCGCGUGUCCGGCAUGAGGCGUCUGGCACAGGUUCUCGAAGAGCCUCUGUCCACUGACAACAACGCCAAUGAACCAAGAGACCUUCACUGCAUUCUUGUUACUAACCCUCAAGCUGAGCAUCUCAAGCUGAAGGAGGUGGGAAGUUACUGCAAGGAAAGCCGCUGCAAGAACCAGUGGGUGCCCUCUAUUGCCCUGCAAGAGCGCUGAGGUGUCGUGCACUGAAAUGUGCUGAAGAGAAAUGGAAUAUUGAUGUUGUCCUUCACCUAUGAGGACAUGCUCAUCAAUUCAAGGGGACUGUCCAAUAGUCCUUUCCGGAGCUUCCGCCUCCAUGUUUAUGGAAUUCUAAGUGUGCGAGGAUACUUGAGACAGUUGUCCACGUUCCUCAUAAUGCAUGAUCGGUGUUAUCGCUCCUUUGGACAGACCAAAGGAGCAUCUGGGUGGUCAGUGGACUGUGUCGUAGCUCUGAAAGGAUGCAGCAGGGAAUCCAGGGGAUAUUUCCAGACAGCAGCGUAUGGCUACGCUUUGCACUCCACGUGGGAUGUGAAUGAAUAACACAUGACUCAGACCUGACAAUAGUGUAGGUCUCCAGCGGAGAAGUUCUGCUUUUUUUAAAAAGUGACUGCUAUUCAAGGACUGAAUUUUUCUUUAUUUUUAUUUAUGCAUAACACUGUCAUUUUAAAAACGAGUAAUAUAUUUGGUUUUAUUUAUGAAUUUGCACAUGUUUACAUUUCUUUAUUAAAUAAAUUUUAUGCUUGAUUUUAAA